GGGGAGGGGGGCGGAAUGGGGUUCCUGGUGGGGCUGGUGCUGGGGAUCGCGGCGGGCGUCGCGCUCAUCGUGGGCUUCGCCCGAGUGGAGAACUCCCGCGCCGCCCGCCGCCGGCAGCUGGCUGCCACAGUUGCUAGUUUCUCCAAGAUGACUAUAGAAGAUUCACGAAAAUUACUCCCAGGUGACAUGUGCCCUUCAUGGGUUGUUUUCUCAACACAGCAAAAGUUAAAAUGGCUCAAUCAAGAGCUGACAAAAAUAUGGCCAUUUGUGAACACUGCAGCAUCAGAACUGAUCAAAACCUCUGUGGAGCCUGUUCUUGAACAAUAUCGACCAAUAGUCCUAGCUUCUCUCAAGUUCUCAAAACUCACUCUUGGCACUGUUGCACCACAGUUUACCGGUGUUUCGAUCAUUGAAAAUGGUGAACCAGGUAUUGUCAUGGAACUAGAGAUGAAUUGGGAUGCCAAUCCAAGUAUCAUACUGGACGUAAAAACUCUACUUGGUGUGUCACUUCCAAUACAGGUGAAAGACAUAGGCUUUACAGGAGUUUUCCGCUUGAUCUUCAAGCCACUUGUUGAUCAGUUGCCGUGCUUUGGAGCAGUUUGCUUUUCUCUAAGAAAGAAGAAAAAGCUGGAUUUCAGACUGAAGGUCAUUGGUGGUGAAAUUUCUGCUAUACCUGGGAUUUCGGAUGCUCUUGAGGACACAAUAAAAAAUGCUAUAGAAGACUCAAUAACAUGGCCAGUAAGGAAAAUCAUUCCUAUAAUACCUGGGGACUACAGUGAUUUGGAACUGAAGCCUGUUGGUACAUUGGAAGUCAAGCUAGUACAAGCAAGAGACUUGACAAACAAAGAUCUGAUAGGAAAAUCUGACCCUUUUGCAAUUUUAUAUAUACGACCCUUGCCAGAUAAAAUGAAGAGAAGCAAAACAAUUAACAAUGACUUAAACCCUAUCUGGAAUGAACACUUCGAGUUUAUUGUUGAAGAUUCUGAUACUCAGACUGUGACAGUGAAGAUUUAUGAUGAUGAUGGUAUUCAGGAGUCUGAAUUGAUUGGCUGUGCUCAAGUUACACUAAAGGAUUUACAGCCAGGCAAAGUGAAGGAUAUCUGGUUGAAGCUUGUAAAAGAUCUGGAGAUUCAAAGGGACAGGAAAGAUCGGGGUCAGGUGCAUCUUGAGCUUCUCUACUGCCCAUUUGACAUGAAGGAUGAGACUCCAAAUCCUUUUAGGCAGGAGUUUUCUAUGACAUCCUUGGAAAGGAGUAUGACAAGUAUGGAGAACGGGUCUGGGAGCGCUGAUCUUAACAGGCUGUCUUCCAGGAAGAAAAAGGAAAUCAUUAUGCGGGGAGUUCUGGCAGUAACUGUGAUAUCUGGGGAAGAUCUGCCAGCGAUGGAUAUGAAUGGGAAGUCUGACCCAUAUGUUGUACUUUCACUCAAGAAAUCAAAAACGAAGUACAAGACAAGGGUUGUGAGUGAAAGCUUGAACCCAAUUUGGAAUCAAACUUUUGAUUUUGUUGUCGAAGAUGGUUUACAUGAUAUGCUUGUGUUGGAAGUAUACGAUCAUGAUACCUUUCGCAGAGAUUACAUGGGGCGAUGCAUCCUGACAUUGACGAAAGUCUUGAUCGAAGAAGAUUACAAGGGCAGCUUCAACUUGGAGGGAGCAAAGUCUGGGAAACUGAACUUACAUCUGAAGUGGUCACCGCAACCAAUCCUCCGUGAUUCGCGAGAAGACAACGUCACAAGAUUCAGAUGAGUUUACUAUGAGCUCACAGAUGCGUCUGGGCAUCUGGUUUCUGCGGACCAGAUGUGGUGGCUCCUGUCAACAAUUGAUUAUUGUGGCUAUCCUCUGAAUACCUGCCGAGUUCGGUCACCAUUUUUGCGUUGCAAUUUGAUCCGCUGCACAUAAACAUGGAAAAAGAGUUAUGGUCUUGAUGAGCUAGCUUAUAAUGUUAUGGUCAAACUAUGUGUAUGUUUACCUGUAAUUGCAUGCUCAAAUCACAUUUCUGUACAUGUAGAAAAUAUAAAUAGAGCUGUUGGAGUGAGCGGCA